AUGCUUCUCGGAUUUCUACCGGUAAGUUCAAUUUCCGGAAUUUCUGAAAAAUGUGUUUUUUUUUCUGAUUCAAGAUUUUUCUCUUGGCUAAUUUUCGAGCAACUUUUGGAUGUGCAAGAACAUCAUCAACAACAACACCAACAACAACAUCGGGUAUUAUAUAAAAAAUUAACACUCACUGAAAAUAAUAACACUAACCUGCACACUAAUCAAAAAGGUUAACAAUUUUCGAAAGAAUUUUUCGAAAUUUUUAAAUUUUUUCAGAUUGUUGCUCAGCUUUAACCCAAACUCUGACAUCCACGUCAUUUCCCGAUGGAACAAUGACUUUUUCUUAUGAUAGUGACACGUGUCGAACUACAGUUACAGCAACUUGCUCGUGAGUUGGAAAGUUUUCGUUAAAAUUUAAUCAAAGUUUUCUAGCUCAUCUGAUUCAUCACUUGGACUCUAUGCAGCAAUUGUUGCGAAUACUGAUCAGUUUCUCGACUAUGCUGAAAAUACUGUUUCUUUCCCAGGAACUUGUACAGAUGGGGAUUGGUAAGAACAUCUAAUCAGGUUCUGAUCAAUAAGGCCCAUUUCUGAAAUUUCCAAAUUUAACCGAUUUUUUUGAAAAAAGUUCGGAAUCUAACCCAAAAUCGGACUUUUUUUAAUUUCUAAAAUAGUGGAAUAUUCCUGAAAUGUUUCAAAAGUCCGAAGAUCCGAAAUUCUUUCAAACUUUUUUUUCAAAUCUUAAUUUUUAAUUUUAGGUUCAUGGGAACUCCAUCUCUCGAAAUCGUCACUCUCGAAUGCAUUUUGACCAAUCCAUCAUAA